GUGGCCGCAGUUGGUUUGAGAAACUGCACGAGCUCACGAUGCACUCUUUACCAGCGUCACGUUGUUCGUUUCUGUUCGUCCUUUGGUCUUUUAUACCUCCGUUUAUCUUCGCCAACCGGAUUACGAGGGACUCGCCUGACCUGCAGAGGUCCACCAUCACCGGGCUUGGAGUGAAGGAGCACUCGCAGAUUGUUGCUCAGCACAAUAGACUGCGCAGCCGGGUCAAACCCAUGGCAGCCAACAUGCAAAAGAUGGAGUGGAACGAGAAGUUGGCCUUGCUUGCAGAGGAGAAAGCAGCAUGGUGUCACACAGACCCCUCCCCUCAACACUCCUCACCUGUCAGUCACGUUGGCUGGAACGCACAUCUUUCGCUGUACGGUGUCAACUCAUUUUCUGAUGUCAUCGACUCUUGGUUUGAGGAGGAAGACAAUUUUCUCUUCUUGAGUGGGCAAUGUAGAGAGAAUGCCACCUGCCGACACUACACACAGAUGGUGUGGGCCACUUCAAAUCAAGUGGGCUGUGCCACCCAGCUGUGUCUGAGAGAAGGCGACCUGAGGGAGAUGUUUGUUUGUGCAUAUUUUCCUGGGGGUAACUGGGAGGUCAAUGGUUGGCUGGUGACGCCCUACAAGACCGGGGUUUACUGCUCUCUCUGCACCUCCUCCAUGUCUGGCUGCUUUAGACUGUGGGACCAUGUGGGUGGAUUAUGUGAGAUUCCAAAGAAUCCGUGUCGUAUGAGCUGUGGGCUGAACGGCCAUCUCAACAUAACGUCCUGCAAGUGCAAGUGUGACCCUGGUUUCACUGGACGCCUCUGCCAGGUUCGGUGCAGUGUGCAGUGCGUACACGGCCGUUUCAAAGAAGAAGAAUGCUCUUGUUUGUGCGAUGUUGGCUAUGGUGGAGCUGAGUGUGCAGAAAAGGUGCAGUAUCCCUUCCACAGCUGUGACGUGAUGAUAGAUGGCGACUGCUUCAUGGUGUCUUCAGAAACAGACACUUACUAUGGAGCCAAGAGUCUCUGUCAGGGGAAAGGGGGUAUUUUAGCUCAAAUCCACAAUCAGAAGGUUCAGGACAUUCUGGCGUUUUAUCUCAGUCAGCUGGAGACGAGCAAUGAGGUCACCAACACCGACUUUGAGACCCGAAACUUCUGGAUCGGUUUGACAUACAAGUCUAUGAAAGACUCAUUUCGCUGGGACACGGGAGAGAUCCCCAGAUUCAGCAGCUUUGCCUUUGGGCAACCUGACAACCAAGGUUUUGGAAACUGCGUAGAGCUACAGGCAUCAAGUGCCUUUAACUGGAAUGAUCAACGCUGUAAAACACAGAACAGAUACAUCUGCCAGCACGCUGCAGAGCACAUUGCCAAGUGGGAUGAAUCCAGGUGACCUGCAUUUGUGAGGGAAUGAAACCUGAUGUACAGAGUGUGUUACUUGUUUGUUUGGACAUUUUCCACUCUUAUCAGUGCAUGUUUGUUUUUAUUGAACAUAGACAACUGUAGUUAAGAUGUACUGUAUAUACUGUACAUGUUCUAAUGUUUAUUGAAAAUAUGUAAUCAUUAAACUGUUGUAGGUUACACGGAGAAUACAUUGUUUUAGUAUUUUUUAUAUAUAUCAUCCAAGGCUGCCACAUAUCUUUUUUUAAUUCUAUCUCGUCCGACCUCUGGCCUCAUGUGACCUCAGAAGCGCUUUGGUUUCUCUCAGUGCUGGUGAAGGAGUGAGAAAGAAAAUAAAUGGCCUCUUAGAGAUCUCAUGGUGUGUUUCCUUGAAAAUGUUUCAUUAUUUUAAAGACCAGUGGGGACCGGACAAAUAACAGCAGCAGCAAAACUCAAACAGGUAGAUCAUUAAAGCCCGAGUUGUUUGUGUUUAUUCUGUGUAAGAAAUGCCCGUGGUGCACCUAAGAAUACAGCAUAUGUAAACUAUACUGUCAGCAGUAAUCUGUCACUUGAUGAUUGAGGUUGUUUUACUUUGAAACAGUGUUGAGUUACUUCAAAUGACAGAUGCUGGUAAGCACUACGUGUCUCUGUUUUAAGAUUAUAUGCUAUCUAGCAUAAUGGCUAUAGAGAAACAAUGAUGAUCAGAAUUGAGUUCUGAGAUUGCCAUUUAAUUCACAUACACAAACACGAGUCAUGAAUCCAAGAGGAAUAAUUCUGAUAACUUUGAUGAGCCCCUGACUUAUCACGUAGAGAAGUACAACCAUGAUUUUGACAUUUCGGCUCUAAAUGAAGUGUCUCAACAAAUAUAUGAUGUGACCCGAAAUCAGAU